AUGAACUUGAUCGUUGCUUUGCUCGUCACGGCUCUCUGCGUGACGGCCUGUUCGGUACUGAUUGUGCUGCUCCUCAUCCUGCGUGGUAGUCGCUUCACCUUGCCGGCGAUAUCAGCAUCGGCGAUUUGGCCCGGUAAGCUUGAAGACAACACCGCUGGAUUUUCUCAGAACUUGUCCUACAAUGAAUUUCUGGAGAAGCACAUCCGCCGCCAGCUGUCUCAGGGAAUGAGAAGCUGUCUUCAGAAAUCGAUCGCCGAAGCCGUGGCCGAGAUCCGCCGUCAGCCACGUUUGCCAGCUCUAGACGACGUGGAGGAGGAGGUGUCUAACGAAUCGAACGGGCUGCCUGGUAUCGUCAGCACGGACUUUUCGACGCUUCGGGCCCGAGGGUGUCUUGGCAUCCUUGAUAAUACCGGCGUGACGAGGAUUGACCUCGUCGAGCACCCGGAUGCACAGCUCUGCACCUGGAAGACCAUGUCGAAGGCAAAACUCAUCAAGGAACACAAAGUCAAAACCGUGGUAGCCGAGCGCCUCGUGCUUCUGGCCACGUCCGCUUGCCCGUCCCCCUUCAUCCUGGGCUAUUACGGUUGCUGCCAGACACCGAGAUACCUCCGCUUCCACAUGGAAGGUUUCGGUGCGAGCCUGCAUUAUGUCUACCAGCGCGACAGGCUCUAUGGGAGCGAGCCCCAUGCAAGGUACUACAUGGCCAGCGUUGUUUGUGCUUUGCAGCAUUUGCACAGCUUGCACGUCGUCUUGCGGUGCUUGAAACCAGAGGAUUGCGUCCUCACUUUCCAAGGCAAGCUCCAGCUGUUUGACUUCCAUUUCUCGAAGAUCAUCGUCAACAAGACCUGGACAACGUGUGGGACGCCGGAGUACUUCGCACCCGAGGUCGUCAGCAACUCGGGCCACUCAUUCGACUAUGACUGGUGGAUGGUGGGCAUUAUGAUGUACGAGCUUUGUGCAGAGGUCUCGCCCUUUGCAGAGCCCAAUAUGAUGAACACAUACAGCAGGAUCAAGAAAUGCCAGUUCACAUUCCCAAAAUCUGUACCCACGUCAGCGAGGAAUGUUAUCCGACAGCUUUUGGUGAAGAACCCUUCGAAACGGGCACCGGGUGGGGCGAAGUCGCUUGCGAAGCACAGCUUAUUCCGGCCCGUGUCUGCACCAAAUGGUUCGUGGGACUGCCUGCAUAAGAUGGAGCCUCCAUUUACACCAUCCUUUGCAGACGGGCCUUUUUCCAAUAUCGAGAAAGCCAGCGACGAGGACCUUGCUGAGUCCUGGGGUGCGCCGACCGGGUCGGAAGACCCGCCCCCCGGGCGGGCUGAGUGGGAGCAGUUCGGGCCAGUGGGGCCCUGUGAUGACUUUCCUUGA